GGGGACGGGAUGGAGGCCCGGCGGCCCUGAGCACCCAGCCUAUCUCAGAGGCCUGAGGAGCGGGACCCCAAAUGCCUGGGGUUCUCAGCCCCCAUGCCAAGGAAACGGGGCUGGUGCAUAGAGGCUUGGCUAGUUUGGGGAGGGGUUUACCUGCAGGCAGACAGGUCAGAGAGGCCUUUCCUGGUGUCUCCCACCUUCCGGGUUCCCUGGGCCAUCAUCUUCGGGCUCUGCCCUGCCCCACCUGGCUGGCUGACCACAGGACUGCAGGAUGGCUGAGGAGAUCAUCACCCCCGUGUACUGCACUGGGGUGUCUGCACAAGUGCAGAAGCAGCGGGCCAAGGAGCUGGGCCUGGGCCGCCAUGAAAAUGCCAUCAAGUACCUGGGCCAGGAUUAUGAGCAGCUACGGGCUCAGUGCCUGCAGAGUGGGGCCCUCUUCCGUGAUGAGGCCUUCCCCCCAGUGCCCCAGAGCCUGGGCUACAAGGAUCUAGGCCCCAACUCCUCCAAAACCUAUGGCAUCAAAUGGAAGCGUCCCACGGAGCUGCUCUCAAACCCCCAGUUCAUCGUGGAUGGAGCCACUCGCACAGACAUCUGCCAGGGAGCACUGGGGGACUGUUGGCUCCUGGCUGCCAUUGCCUCCCUCACCCUCAAUGACAACCUCCUGCACCGAGUGGUUCCUCAUGGGCAAAGUUUCCAGGAUGGAUAUGCCGGUAUCUUCCAUUUCCAGCUGUGGCAGUUUGGGGAGUGGGUGGACGUGGUCGUGGAUGAUCUGCUGCCCAUUAAGGACGGGAAGCUGGUGUUCGUGCACUCUGCCCAAGGCAACGAGUUCUGGAGUGCCCUGCUUGAGAAGGCCUAUGCCAAGGUAAAUGGCAGCUAUGAGGCCCUGUCAGGGGGCAGCACAUCAGAGGGCUUUGAGGACUUCACAGGCGGGGUCACCGAAUGGUACGAGCUGCGCAAAGCCCCCAGUGACCUCUACCACAUCAUCCUCAAGGCGCUGGAGCGAGGCUCCCUGCUGGGCUGCUCCAUUGAUAUCUCCAGCAUUCUGGACAUGGAGGCCAUCACCUUCAAGAAGCUGGUGAAGGGCCACGCCUACUCUGUGACUGGGGCCAAGCAGGUGAACUACCAGGGCCAGAUGCUGAGCCUGAUCCGGAUGCGGAACCCCUGGGGCGAGGUGGAGUGGACAGGAGCCUGGAGUGACGGCUCCUCGGAGUGGAACAACGUGGACCCUUAUGAGCGUGAGCAGCUCCGGGUCAAGAUGGAGGAUGGGGAGUUCUGGAUGUCAUUCCGAGACUUCAUGCGCGAGUUCACCCGCCUGGAGAUCUGCAACCUGACGCCGGACGCGCUCAAGAGCCAGCGCUUCCGCAAGUGGAACACGAUGCUGUACGAGGGCACCUGGCGGCGCGGGAGCACCGCCGGUGGCUGCCGGAACUACCCAGCCACCUUCUGGGUGAACCCCCAGUUCAAGAUCCGGCUGGAGGAAACGGAUGAUAUGGACGACGGGUAUGGGGGUCGCGAGUCAGGCUGCAGCUUCGUGCUCGCCCUCAUGCAGAAGCACCGCCGCCGCGAGCGCCGCUUUGGCCGCGACAUGGAGACCAUCGGCUUCGCGGUCUACGAGGUGAGCGGGUGGCUGGUGGGCCAGCCGGCCGUGCACCUGAAGCGGGACUUCUUCCUGGCCAACUCGUCGCGGGCGCGCUCGGAACAGUUCAUCAACCUACGGGAGGUCAGCACCCGCAUCUGCCUGCCGCCCGGGGAGUAUGUGGUGGUGCCCUCCACCUUCGAGCCCAACAAGGAGGGCGACUUUGUGCUGCGCUUCUUCUCGGAGAAGAGCGCCGGGACCGAGGAGCUGGAUGACCAGGUCCAGGCCAACCUCCCUGACGAGCAAGUGCUUUCAGAAGAGGAGAUUGAUGAGAACUUCAAGACCCUCUUCAGGCAACUGGCAGGGGAGGACAUGGAGAUCAGCGUCAAGGAGCUGCAAACCAUCCUCAACAGGAUCAUCCGCAAACACAAAGACCUGAGGACCAAUGGCUUCAGCCUGGAGUCCUGCCGCAGCAUGGUGAACCUCAUGGACCGGGACGGCAACGGGAAGCUGGGCCUGGUGGAGUUCAACAUCCUGUGGAACCGUAUCCGGAAUUACCUGUCCAUCUUUCGGAAGUUUGACUUGGACAAGUCGGGCAGCAUGAGUGCCUAUGAAAUGCGGAUGGCCAUCGAGUCUUCAGGCUUCAAGCUCAACAAGAAGCUGUAUGAGCUCAUUAUCACCCGUUACUCGGAGCCUGACCUGGCUGUGGACUUUGACAACUUCGUGUGCUGCCUCGUGCGGCUGGAGACCAUGUUCCGGUUUUUCAAAACUCUGGACACAGAUCUGGAUGGAGUCGUGACCUUUGACUUGUUUAAGUGGUUACAGCUGACCAUGUUUGCGUGAGGUGGGCUCAGGCCCCCCUGCUGCGUUCCUCUCCCUCGUCGUCUGCCAAGCACGUCUUCCUGCCACCCCACACCAGGCCACACCGACUGCAAGUGCCUUCCUGGGAGCAGGAGGCUGCCUCCCAUCUCCUGCCGCCUCGUCUCCCAGCUGCCAUCGUUCAUCUGCUUUGGGCAGAGCCGUGUGGCCCUCCCUGCCUUCACAGGCCACGGGCUCAGAUGGCCUCUCCCAGCCCCUCCUGUCCCCAAACCAGGAAGGCAGCUUCUGCUUGUUCCUGCCUCAGAAUGGGGCUCCAGUGGGAGCUGACAGCCUGGGCCUUCCAGCAUCCUGUGUGUCCUCUCCCCUCACUCCAGAGCCCACCCAGCCGGCCCGCCCACCUGGCCUCACCUGUAGACUAAACCGUAACCACUAACUCUGCACCGGCUGCAGCUGACGUGCAGAGCCCUCUCCCAGCUGGGGCCUCCCCCUGGGGCUGGGACUCCUGUUCCUUCCAGUGCAGAUGCCAGUGCCCCCACUCUUGCCCCCAGCCCCGCCCCACCUGCCACCAGGAGCCACCUGGCCUGGGGUGGUCAGGUGUUCCCUCCCUCCUUUUUUAUAUUGGUGAUUUUAAAGGGGACUCUUCAGGGACUGGGUACCAGUUAUGGGGGUGCCAGAGGCACCUGGGUGUGGGAUAGGAGGGUCUCAUGUUUCUAUGCAGAGAAACCCCAAAUAAUAAAGGAAAAUGCCCCA